GGUGCAGAAAAAAGGUGUCUCCUCUGGCCAACCGUAGCUGUCGGAUGAUUGUUGUGCCUUGGUCACAGUUCAUCUUCUGACGCAGCAGGAAGUUUGCAGGGAUUAUGGCUUCUUCCAAACCUUUGGCCAGGUUCUGGGAAUGGGGCAGAAACAUCAUCUGCGUGGGGAGGAAUUACGCAGAGCAUGCCAAGGAGAUGAAAAAUGCUCUCCCUAGCGAGCCCCUUUUUUUCCUGAAGCCUUCCUCAGCCUAUGUCCGGGAAGGAGACCCCAUUAUCAAGCCUUACUACUGCAACAGUCUGCACCACGAGGUGGAGCUGGGAGUGGUGAUUGGGAAGAAAGCCCAUGCUGUCUCCCAGAAGGCUGCUAUGGACUACGUGGCAGGGUAUGCCCUGUGCUUGGACAUGACAGCCAGGGACACUCAAGCUGAGUGCAAGAAAAAAGGCCUUCCCUGGACCUUAGCCAAAGGCUUCAAUACAUCGUGUCCGGUUAGUGAUUUUGUGCCCAAGGAAAAGAUACCAGACCCACACAAGCUGCAGAUCUGGCUCAAGGUAAAUGGUGAGCUGAGGCAAGAAGGGGAAACCUCUUCUAUGAUUUUCUCUAUCCCCUACAUCAUCAGCUAUAUCAGUGAAAUCAUCACACUGGAAGAAGGGGAUCUGAUUUUGACAGGUAGCCCUAAAGGUGUUUCUGCUGUACAGGAGCACGACGAGAUACAUGCUGGAAUAAACGGCAUCCUCAGUAUGCAGUUUAAGGUGGCACAGCAAUCACGCCAAUCUUGAUGGGGGAAUCUGUCAUUUCUUUUGGGGGAGCGCUCUACAGCUGCCUUUUAAAACAGCCAAAGAAUGAAGAAAUACCUAGAUGUCUGUUCCCCAGCAGCCUAAAAGAAUGUAUUGCCCAAUCCUCUUGGAAACAAUGAAAAAUCAAACGUACUGAGCUAAAUUAGGUUUUGUGAGCCUUCUUCUUAUAAAGGCCCCAGAUAAGGACUACCACUGUUGUGAAGGUCAAGCUUUUCACAUUAUUGAAUGGCACACAGAUCCAGCUAAAAAUAUCUAUAUGGUACAGAGGCACUCAAGCAAUCUGGUUAAUGUGUUAUAUUUAAAGAAAGCAGCUUCAAAAAGGAGAGCUGGGAGUGUAUGAGAGAAAGGGAAUUGUGAUGAAAUGCCAGUUUAGGAAGUACUCUGAUGAAACUGGUUAAAUUAAAUGUUCUGUCAUACCAUUUUUGCCCUAAUCCUAAAACUAAUGUAGUGCUCCAUCAUAUUGUCUUUAAAAGAAACAUCGAUUUUUGCUAAGGCAUGCGGAGGCCCUUGGAAAUAAAUGUCCACAAAUUUAAAAUUGUUUAAGAAAAUCAGCAUUAUUCUCACCACUUUUUUUACUGCCCAUUAAUUUUUUGGUGGGGCAAAGUGACAUUAUCGGCACAUGAAAUUUGGUCUUGUUAAAGGAAAAAAUCACUCUGGUGUACUGCACCACAGGUGCAUGUUUGCUUCUUUUAUGUGACUGUCAUUAAAAGCAAAUUGUUUUUGAAAGGAGGUUAAAAAAUUAAAGGAUAGCUGGCAUACACAAUA